AUGCCGUCCAUCAAAGAACACUUUAAAGAUAAAGCGAGUAUAAAAACUAAGCAAUCAAAACGUGAGGGCAAGUUAAGCAUUAAUGAAGCGUUGUCUAUAAGCUCGUGUUCGAUAGAGUCUUGUUUUUUCAAAAAUGGCAUUUGCGACGAAGAAUAUCAUAAAAGAUGGCGAGCAGACAAUUCUACAAACAGUGAGAGCAACAGCUUUUGCACUAAUAUUAGUAAUAAGCGAUCAAGAUUAUCCGGAGGUAUUGACUCGAAAUGUUCGUGCAAGUUCAAAAAACUUGAUUCAAAAUCAUCAAAAGUCAAUGUAAUCGAUCUCAAAUUGGGCGAUGCUUAUUCACGUGUUAGUAUUGAAUAUUUUAAACCCCCAGAAUUAAAGCCUAGGCAUCGGAAAGUUCGUGGAACACAAACUCUUUACAGAGAAUCCUCUGCCCAGACGUUACCCUAUUUACCGGGCAUUUCAAAUGAUCCUCAAAGCAUUCUAGAUAUGGAACUUUUCAAAUUGCCCACUAUCUUACCAGGAGAUGGACCACCUGGUCUUUACGAAGUUGAAGUUUUGGAAAGGGCUCGAAAACGUUGGACUUUUUUGAAAGCUUUAAAAGAGAAGGUCAGACAUCAAAAAAAAGCUAUCCGUGAGCAAGCACAGCAAAUCAUACCCAAGCACAUCCUGAUGGCAUUCGAAUGGGAAUAUUGGAUUGAACGUGAAGAAUACAUAGAAGAAUGUCAAAUGAUACGCCUAGAAAUAUUAGUGCGCAUGUUCAAUAAGCGUGAAACUUCGAUGCGCAGUGCUUCCAAUAAAAGCAUAGAAAUUAGCUAUGAACGAAUCCAAAAUAAGAAAAAGGCAGCUCUAAGAAAAAAUAAACUUGAAUACGACCGGGCAAUGAGGAGGUUAAAUAUCAAACAUUCAAAGGAAUCGCGCGUAUGGCAUAAAGAAAAUGUUAGCUAUGAUCUAGACAAUCCUAGUUCAGAAUACUAUGCACCCAAAAUGCGUUAUGGGGUUAAUCCAAAUAGACGUCAUUAUAAAGCGUUACGCAAAGGCUUUGAUAUACGUAUGGAGGAUUUAGAAAAGCAAGUCGUUAAAAUGGACCCCAAGGACCUCAAGUGCCCAUUCGCAAAAAUCAAAGCAUUAUCGAAACCUAAGGAAAUGUUGAGUGAACAUGAGCGGAACUUUUGCUCUGAUGUCAACUUGAAAAAACUAUAUGAAGGCUUAAGAUUAUUGCGGAAGACUACCGAGCAACGUAACCAAGAUACUAAGUAUCUUAUCUUGCGUGCUGGCGAUAGCGAUGAAGGUGUAGAUGACGAUAUAAUAGACGAAACAAAAUCUCUUAACGAUGGCAUUAACACUAUUAAACUGAAUGUUACUUUAUCCAACGAAGUCGCAGUAACACAUAAUCAGAGCGCAGAACAGGCGACUCUGGAAAGUAUGUAUGAAGCGCCCAAACAAAAGCAAUACCGUGAGGAACUCAAAAGGGAGAAGGAAUUAAAUAAAAUAAAUAUGGAUAAACUAAAUGUGGAGCUUUUGCGCGAAGAAAAGGAAAAUAUUCACCACAUGUACGAGGGCCUCACAAUCGGAUGGUUGAUGCGUUUUCUGGCAGAAGAAAUGGAGCGAGCACAGGAACAGCGCAGAUUACACUUUUACUAUAUGUUAGCUCAAAGAGAGCGAUGGCGUCGCGAAGCUCUUGAAGCUGGCUUACGACAAAAGGAGAAUUGCUUGCGCUCCCAUUACGAGACGCUUUACAAACAAUGCUCGAUUGCCAACACAGCCGUUGUGCAGAGUUACUUAAAUGAAAUAAUGAAUGAAGACAUAGUAUGUCAUGCUGAUCAUGAAGCGGAAGAACACGUAGUCAAGUUGGCUAAACAAAUUGACAGAGAUGUGGAUAGUUGGUUGCAAUGUUUCAAAGCACACCAAAGACCUCUAGAUUAUGACGUAAUACGAUGUAAUUUACGUAGAAACAUAAUGUCAGACCUCAGCGAGUUACAGUGUAGGCAAGAGAGUAAUAAAAUGGUAGACUAUAUUAUCGAAGAAGUUUUGUUGGUAAAUGUUUUCGCAAAACUAGAUACUCAUGACAUCUGCACAGUGACAACCGAGGAAUUUAUUGAUCGCCUAUUUGAUACCGAUUUGUAUUAUGAAUCUACUAUAACCAGUUCUAUGGGAGAGGAUCGCCUAGCUGAACAAGAAGCCCGUUCCAUAAUGCGGAAACUUGUACGAUACUCCGUGCCAGGCAGACGUUACCUUACGCCAUCCGAGCGAACGGUCGCAAACAACGUUGAUGACAUUUUGGAUGUGGUGAUGGACAAACUAAAAAGUCAUAUUUCCGCAGAGCAAACUGAAACACCAGUUACGCAAUCCAUGGCGUCAUUGUCAUUAAUUGGAAUUGAUUUUCCAAUCAAAAAGUCGCGUCGUGCAUCAUCAAUACCACAAGGAAGAUUGGGUGAAUUGGAAACUGGUAGUUGGCAUAGUGAUGUUGAAAAAGUUAUCACCUGUACUAAGGAAUUAAAUCGGGAAGAAGAACUUUUGCUUGAAGAUCCAGACAAGAUUUCACUUGAUCGAAUGGUGGUAAACGUAAUUGAUUAUAGUAUUCCUUCCGACGAGAUCGAAGAUUUUCGAACUGUUUCUGUAGCACGAGCAAUACCUAGCACUCAUGACAUGCAAUUAUAUAAAAGUUUUUCUGACAUUCCAAAGCGCACGUAUGUAGAAGAUACUGAACGAGGACGAAUUUCAGAUGUGGAGGUUGAAUUAUAUCCUUUCCUUCCUAUAAAAUCUGAGGAAGAAGGACAAAAUGUGGAAGAAGAUGAAAUCGUAAGAGGAGAAGAAUAUAUCGAAGAAGAAGAGUUGCAAACCGACAAAAUCGUAGCAGCAGAAGAAUCUCGACAAAGUGUUAAUUUAAGUUUACAUCAACCCCGAACAACUCUACCUACACAAAGAAUAGAAGCUAGUUUUCUUUUGCGUCCAUCAUCAGCCCUUUCUCGAACUUCUCAAAAACCUCGAUCAAUCUAUAAAGAAUCAGUAACACUAAAGAAACCGACUUUAUCAACUAAGGGUAGGCCAACAUCGGCUGAAGACAUAAAAAAGAAAACAAGUAGUACAGUUACAUUUUCCCGUUAA